AUGAAUAUUGUAAAAUCUAUCGCUUUAAUGUUGGCACUGUUGUUCAUGUUGAGCAUUGCCACCGCUAGACCAUGUUGUGAAAGAUGCCCACCUGACAGCGAAAAGUGCCAAGCCAAUUGCAUUGAUUGUGACAGACCAACCACCUUCGCAACAGUUCCACCCUGGCCCGAACCUACUUCCCCUUUUCCUGCCGGUUCAAUCUCAACAACGGGAACUAAACCACCUUCUUCUACAAGCACUAGUUCAACCACUGGAUCAACCACUCGUUGA